AUGGCUUUUGACUUGUCAAUGAUACCGUCACCUUUUCAAUGUGGUGACAAGCUAGGCAAUCUCAUUCUUGGGUUAGCUAAAAACUUUUCUCUAUUUAUGAUCAUGGUGAUUUUGUGCAAUGGUUUGCAUUUUUUUCUGAAGUCUUAUUCGCAGCCUCGACUCACUUCUCAUAUAAUCGUAGGAGUAUUCGUUGGAAACAUAGGAUUUGUACGUAUUUUAUUCGAGAAAUUCAACAUGACGUUUGGAUUUAUAAUUGAUUUUGGGAUGAUGGCUUAUAUGUUUGCAUUAGGGAUAGAAAUGGAUCCAUACAUUCUAUUACAAAAACCAUCGAGACAUGUUAGGGUUGCAUGUUCCGGAGUUGGCAUAACAUUCGUAUUAGCGAUUUUUGUAUCUCCUUUUGUAAGGUACUUUCCGAACGUGGAAAAACUAGUAGAAUUCUCAUUAGCUCUCUCGAUCCUGAUGGCAAGCACGGAUUCGCCUGUGUUGACGCGUUUAAUAACACAGCUCAAAAUCGGAAAAUCAGAUAUCGGGAAGCUUGUAAUCGCGUCUUCAAUGCACUCGGAUUUCUUGUGCUAUUGUUUACUUUCAAUUUCCUACAUAUUUGCUCCACUACCUGAUGUUUGCCAUGAUUUGAACCUUGGUUUUGAUUCUAAAAGACGGAUGAAAAUGGGUUUCGCCGUCUUGGCAGAAGUGGUAUUCACAUUACUAGUUUCUCCGUUUUUUAUGAGUUGGGUUAAUAAUGAAAAUCCAGACGGUAGACCUAUGAAAGGCCCACAUUUGAUACUUUCGAUUGCGUUUGUCGUGUUAAUGUGUUCUUCAUCGGUUUUAACCGGUUAUACGCCGAUUUUAAGUGCUUUUAUGGUUGGUGUUUGCUUUCCUAAGGAGGGUAGGGUUUCAAAAUGGAUUGUUACCAAAAUCAACUAUUUGCUGAAUACAAUUUUCUUUUACAUUUUUUUCUUGUGGGUUGGGUUUGAAGCAGAUUUGAGGCAGUUUGAUGGAAAAAAUUUUAACACAUGGGUAAAAAUAUUUAUGCUUAUUGUUUUGUCAAUAACCGGAAAAAUUUUGGGAGCACUUGUUUCGGGGGCGAUACAAGGGUUUCACUGGCCGGAAGCGACUUCGAUAGGAUUGCUUCUUACUGCAAAGGGUCAUUUGCAUAUCUACUUAGCUGUAAAAGUGAUCGGUUGUGGCGAAGCAACAACUGUGUCCACGGUCAUUGGGAUGAUAUUUGCAAUCUUUUUCACAGUUAUAUACCUGCCAUCAGUGGUAGCGGUUAUCAUAAAACGUGCAAAGAAAAGAUCGCCUACUCAUCGUUUAGCACUUCAAUCGAUUGAUCCAUCAAGCGAGCUACGGAUCCUGGUAUGUGUUCAUGGACCUCAAAAUGUUCCUGCAUCGAUAAGCUUUGUGGAGAUUACAAAAGGUGGAGCUGACCCGGGUAUUCUAGUGUAUGUCGCUGACAUGAUCGAACUAACGAACGAAAUAUCGGUGAACUUAGAGAAGGAUGAAGGAGUUCACACAGCAACUGUGAAAGACAAAGAAGUAAUGGAAAUGAGAGAAAAAAUAACAAGCGCGUUCCAAGCGCAUGUUUUAGAUAAUGGUGAAGGUAUUACGUUGAAAAGAACCAUGGCGUUAUCAACGAUUAAUAACAUGCCACAAGACAUUUGUGUUUUAGCAGAGGACUUGAUGGUUGCGCUUGUCAUAUUACCGUUCCAUCGGUUUCAACGUCAGGAUCGAACAUUGGAUGGUGGUAAUCAAGGGUUCAGAUAUGUUAAUAGAAAGGUACUACGAAGUGCGCCUUGUUCUGUUGGGAUUCUAGUAGAUAGAGGUUUUGGAUCGUUAGAACGUUUAACGAGAUGUCAAGCAUCAGAAAACGUGGCAGUAAUAUUCAUAGGUGGGAAAGACGAUAGAGAAGCACUUGCGUAUGCAAGCCGUGUCGCGCGACAUCCAGGAGUAAAUCUGACUGUAAUACGAUUCCUAGUAGAUACAACUGCAGAGUCGUCUAGAUUAGUCGGAUACAGAAUCAUCCUCCCGGAACAGGAGCAGGAAAUGCAGUUGGAUGACGAAUGUUUUGCAGAGUUCUACGAGAAGCAUGUGAUUGGAGGAAGAAUUGCGUAUACGGAGAAACAUCUCGCAAAUGCUUCCGAGACAUUCUCUAUUCUCAAAUCGUUUGAAGGGCUAUACUCGUUGGUUAUUGUAGGAAGAGAAGGAGGGGUGAACUCAAUUUUAACAAGAGGGAUGAAUGAUUGGCAGCAGUGUCCUGAACUUGGACCUAUAGGCGAUGUUCUUUCAGGACCGGAUUUUGCAGUGACGCUUUCAGUUUUGAUAAUCCAACAACAUAGACUUAAAGGAGAAAUAGAUGGAUUAGAUGAAGAUUUUUCUGUCAUGUCAUAUAAUAAUAUUAGAUAG